GGGGGAUCCAUAUUGAGACGGUACUUCCUUUUUUGGUACGUGAGUGUCUUUCGUUCUUCUUUGGCCAGCCAAAUGUAAUUUAAAUGCUGGUUAGAGGCGAAAACUAAAGUGUGGUCAUUAUAUUGUUGUCCACUUUAUUGGACUAGAUGGGUGCCUAUUACUGCGCCAUAUGUAGGCAAACAGCAUUUAACGGGAAAGGACAUAUCUUCGGGAAACAACACCAAAGCAGACAAAGGCUUGUGCUAAUGAAAUUCAUAGAAAAGGUGAAGGAAGCUCGCCGAACACUGAAAAAACCUGAAGUUGAAAAGUUUGAUUGUGCUCAACACACGAAAACCUUUUGGUGUUACUGCUGUGGGCUUGAAGUGGAACGAAAUGUUUCAGACGGCAACAUGACCGUAUUACAUGGAGGAUUGUUGGAGCACAUGGCCACGCCAGAACACAGGAAGAGUACCCACAAGUUCUGGUGGGAGAACAAGGCAGAUCCCAAGUUGAAAGACAAAGUCAUCAUCACACAGGAGGAGACUGAACGGUUCAAAGCUGAGGUAUCCAAAGUUUUGGAAACAUUUGUGGAGAAGGAGGAUGAAUUCAUUAAACAGCAAGCCGAGAUGAUCCGGGCCCAGGAGAAACAGCGCCUAGAGCUCCUUCAGUCUCUUCUUGAGCAUGCAGCACAGCCGGAGUUGACCAACGGGCCUAACAGAACACAAACGGCAGCAGAGGCUGGUGUCAGCUUUCAAGGGAAAUCAUGGGGAGGCCACCAGCAGACGGGGAACAGCGUUGUCGACUCAAUGGUCGAUGCACAGCAACAGGGCCUGACUUUCAUUGGUUAUCAGGAUUCAUCAAACAGCGGAAACAUACACACAGGUGCUGUUCCUCCUUGGCUCCAGGAUGAUCCUCUUGAGGGGAUGUCUACAAGUGCAGCACCUCCCGAGAUUGGCCCAUCUGCCAAGGAGUUCCUCAGACAGAAGGAGCAAGAGAAGCUGAAGAAGCUCCCCCCUAACAGAGUGGGGGCCAACUUUGACCACAGUUCAUACACAGAUGCCAACUGGUUGCCCUCUUUUGGUCGGGUGUGGAAUAGCGGCAGACGCUGGCAGUCCAGACACCAGUUUCGACAGGAGGAAGGCCAGAAGAACAAAGUGAGGAGGAAGAUGAAGCAUGGUGCUGAAGGGUCCAAGAAAGCCAAGACAGAAGCAGAGGACUAGUUUUAACAAUUGAGCUCAUAGACAAGUGAACGAGAUGGUUGCUAUGCCCAUCUGUUCUACCCACACAGCCAUUGGACUAAUAGUCGUGCUACUACAGAAGGUCCUGAAUUUACGACGGAGUUCUGUUCCCAUCGCAGCAAUAUAACCCAAAUUUGUACCUAAGUUGGAAUGUGGUGGAAAACUGCAGUAAAGUCAUAAUUACAGUGAAUAUUUGCAUGAGAAACACUCUUAGGCCAUAAAUAAAUAAUUCAAAAAGAAAAACACUAACGAAAGUACAUUGUUAAUCAUUGGCGAUGCAACUUUUGUGUACAUGAUUUGUUUUGUUUGACUUGUGAGGCAGAUUUUUCCAGAGCAUUUUG